AUGGUCAGAUUCUCCUCCGUUGCAACUGGCCUCGGCGCCACUGCGACAGCAGUCUCGGGGCUCGUCAUUCGUGAUGCCCACGAGACUGAAGUGCACAACCUCAUGUACUUCGACCCUGAUGCGGCUUCCUCUUUUACCGAGAGUGAUGUGCAGGCCGAGACGGUGCACUACGAUGCCGCUGCCAUGCUCGCCAUGGGCUCCUUGACAGCCGAGGCGAGCAACCACACCGACGUGGAGCUUGCCGAGCGCACCAUCUACGGCGUCGAUGAUCGCCAGGACUGGACCAACUCGGACUACCCCUACUCUGCCAUCGGCAAGGUACUCUUGUCCAACGGUGGUCGGUGCUCGGGCACUCUUAUUGGUCCUCGCCACGUUCUUACCGCCCGGCACUGCACGCCCAAGGAAGGGGAAGCCGUGAGCGUCCGCUUCGCGCCGUUCUACUACAAUGGUGAGACGCGUUUCCCGGGCUCACAGGUGACUACAUACAUCUACUACCCUGGAGGCAACGCGAACACCUGCGAAUUUGGCUCCGACUGGGCCAUCCACAUUCUCCAAGACCGCCUUGGCGACCAGCGCGGUUACUUUGGCGCACGACCCAUGACUUCCGACAUGCUGAACCGAGACAUCUACUAUAACGUAAGCUAUUAUGUUUUCUUUCCUCCGAUCCGUGUCGCGCCCUUCAAGAAGACUGCGCUGACCCUCACCACGCAACAGUUCGGCUAUCCUGGAGAUCGUAACAACGGCGAGCGGCCCGUCCGCUCUGGAGGUGGCCGUAUUAAUUCACAGGAGUCCUGCAGUAGUGAGGGUCCGUGGUGGAGCAACAUUGAUGCGCAGCCGGGCCAGUCUGGUGGCCCUGUCUGGGAGUACCCCGGCACUGGCGGCCGCUAUGUCCAGGGCGUCCUCACCGGUACCGCGGCCACUCAGUCAGUGGUCACAUCUAGCCAGCUUAUGGUCAACACCAUCGUGGCGGUUCGCAACGACUUCCCCUAA